AUGGAUUUUUAAAAAAAUUUAGACAUUUCUGUCGAAAAUAAUAACCAUUCUUAGUUAUUACCUCAAUCAAAUUUCCAAAAAGAUAGUUUAUUUGAUUAAACUAAUUAAAACUUGAAUAUUAACGAUUGCAAUUAACAGAAAGAUUUAGGAUUUUGGACAAAUCACAAUCCAAAAGAAAGAAAUGGUAAAUAAUAAAAUGCAAAUGCAGAACUUUAAAAAAGAAUUACAAGCGAAAUCUUUAAAUCAAAAGAAAAAAACGAUCUUGAUGAAUCAAACUAUAGCUAUAAUAUUUAAUAAAAUAGUUUUUUUUUUGAAAUCAAAGAAUAAGGAUGCUGUAAACAGCUAGAGGGUUAUAAUAAAGAAAAUUUAAAUCAAAAAAAUGCAAAGCAAGUAAGAUAGAUAAUAGAGAAAGGUUUUUUUAAAAUCUAAAAUGACAAUUCAAUUAUAAAGAGAGACAAAAAGUUAAAUUAAAGUUUCAAAAAUAUUCCUCUCACAUCAUAAAAGUGUGAAGAAAUUAUAACAAAAACUAAGAUUUAACCAUCAAAGAUAGCUUAAAUAAAAUACAAUAAAAUUAAAUCAUUUUUCAAGAUAAAAAGUUAAACUGAUUUCUGA